GGGGGGGGUAAUUCUUUUUAUCAUGUUUGAUGAAUGUUCAAACUAAUGACCUCCAGCUAAUUACUUGUUUCCAGGUUUUCUUAGGAAAACGGCCACCAAACAAAGUUGUAGUUGUAGAAGCACAAGUAUGAACUAGACAAUUUCAAUACUUGUUUAGCCCCAAAGGUUUGUCUAUGAUCAGGGAUGAUCAGAUGGAAUGAAUAUUGUAUUUGUCUUUUUGAAUUUGAUUUGUUCAUCUAUACUUUAAAUUGAGAAAUUUUCUUUCUGUUUCUCAUGUGAAAAUUCAAGAUGUGGCGCCUAAACGUGACGUCACAUCGCAAGUUCCUGCCGCGAUUUCCCAUAAAUCACCGCGCUGAUCUGUGUGAAAGAAAUAUAUCCGCGAUGUCUAGAUACUGCUUCUCGGGCAGGACUACGGCACUAGGGCUCCGUUUGGCUGCUUAGAAAUGGUCUAAUGCCGCCAACCCCGAGCCAGAUAAAGGAGCUGCUGCUCAGUGCAAUCGACAAAGAUGAAAAUAUUGUUGACAUGGGCAGUGUUACAAAAGCAGUCUCUCUUCUGGAGAGCAAUCCAAUCACCAAAGAUGCUCUUGAGGAAACCAGACUCGGGAGGCUUGUCCAAAUUGUGCGUAAGAAGGCUACAACCAGUAACCUCAAGAAGCGAUGCACAGCCUUGAUAAAACAAUGGCAGUCUCAGUUCCUGCCCCCGAGCGCAGUCAAACCUCCAAGGACCGAGUCCCCUGUACCUCAUCAAGAGGAGGUCAAAGGUCAGGAAGGUUCAUCGACCUCCGAUGGACAGAAACCAAAGCCUGCAAAGCAGACAGUAAAUGCCACCUCUGUUGAUAAGAGUAAAAGUGAAAAUCUUCGAAGGAGAAAAAGGCAGCCGGAAAACUCACCAUCAAUAUCUCCUUCAUCCCAGGCUCCCCCUUCUAAAAAAUUAAUAUCAUCAUCUCAAGGGCAAUCCCCAUUAUUACAAGGCGAGGGAAAUGGACAAGAUGACUCUGGUCUUAAUGGGAUGUCCUCGAAAAGGGACGUUGACUGUGGUAGAAAACUUAUCAAAGAUUCAGUAAAAACUGCUUCUCCAAAGUCCAGUGUUCCUUCGCCUAAAUCUAAACCCAACAUUAACAAAGACAAAGGUUCAUUAAAAAAGUUAAAAUCAGAAAGAUCAGCAUCUCCCAAACCUAAGACAAAGGACUCGUCAUUAAAUUCAGUAUCUCCUGCACUGCAGCCCAAAGCAGAGAAACAUUUGAAACCCAAAGGAUUAUCACCUAGUGUUGCCAAGGCAAAGUCUGAUAAACGAGUCAAGGUUUCACCAGCACCUCGUGUUGCCAUCGGUAAGAAAAGGAGUUCUUCCCAUGAUCGAUCGCCUAGACCCUCCAACGAUUCGUCUGCUUCCAAUUCACCAGCUGUUGUGGGUGGAACCUCUCUGAAAUCCACCGGUACUUUCUCAACGGACUGGGACACUGCCGGUUUCGGCUUUGGGGAUAGCGGUGGGGAAUCCUCUCGGAGUGCUACACCCCAGAAUGUGUGCGACGCCCCUAGUUCUUCAAAGCCUUUCUCUAUUUUUGAUUUAGAUUUCACCGAUGCUGUUUCAUCUCAAGUGUCAAACACCAGCCUGUUUGACAGGUCAGAGUCACCUGCAAGCUUUCUAGAUGAGCGACCAUUUACACCAACAAUAAGUGCAUUUUCUGAAGAAUUUUCUCAGAGGACAGAGUAUAAUCAUUCUCCUUCUGCUUCAAAGGAAGAGGAGGAUGAAGCGGAGGAGGGGGAGGAGGAGGAGGAGGAGGAGGAGACAUCAGUAAAUGUGAUGGAGACCCUUGAAGAUGAACCUGUGACUCCUCCAUGCCCGGUGCUGGAGGGGGAUAUAGAUCGCAUUCACGAUGACGAGUGGGAGGGGGUGAAUGGUUGCUACAAUGAUAAAGGCGAAUGGUUUGACUGGAUGCAGUGCCUGACUGUAAAUACAGAUGUGGAAAAUUCUAUACAAAUUCUACCCUAUGUAUGUAUUGAUUAGGAAAAUAUGAACAUGCUCACUGUAAGUUAUUUUUUAUGUGAAUGCUUGAAUUGAAAGAGUGAACCAUCAUAACAUGUAUUUUUCUCUUGUUGUUUUCCUAUUUUUUACAGAUACUUUCUCGGUGCAAAUAUGAUGUAGUAAAAGUAAAUUUAUUUCAUAAGUUUAUAUUGGACGGAAGAGACGGGCAUGAAUUUUCAUGUACAUGUAUGCAUUGGAACUGUUUAAAAUUUAACGCUGAGCAAGUUCCUUUAAUUUGACGUAAAAAUUACCAUGAAUUUUUUUCUGUUACCUAAUAUUGAAAAUUGUGGUCAGGCAGAAUAUUAGAAAUCUUCGUAGAUAGUAGAAGUCGAGUACAUCAUAUUGCUAAAGAGGUAACAUCUGUAAAACAGGGUUAGAACUAAGAAGACUUUCUACGAGCCAUUAUUUGAGCAGAAAUAAUUAACUAUUGCAUUGUAAUCAAUGUCUAAAAAUGGGGUAUUUUUGUUUUGGGUCUAAUUUCUUUAAAAGCUCUGCUCAUGCAUGGGUAAUGCAUGCAUAAUUACAAUUGUUAAAGCCCUUAACAUCAGGGUGGACUUCCCUUUUAACGCUUUAAUAGGCUAUUAAAGCCUUAAAAGGGAAGUCCACCCUGAUAUUAAAUUGGUUUUAAUAGUCCAAGUAAAACAAUGAGAGGAGCAGGUCAGUGAAAUUUGAGCAAAAUCAGGUUAAAAAUAAGAAAGUUGUGAUUUUUGUAAGUUGUCAUCAGUGAAACACACAUUAGAAACUAGGAAGACUGGCGUAUCUUGCGAGGUCCUCUCCAAUUUGCUCAGUACAGAAAUUUCAUAAAUUUUCAAUUUUAGCUCACCUGAGCCAAAUGAGCUAUUGCAAUCUUUUUUGUUUGUUGUCCGGUUACCCUAAACUUUUAACAUUUUCAAUUUCUCAAAAAAUGCUUAACCAGAUUUUAACUAAAGGGGGCUUGGGGCAGCCUUCAAUAUCCACCAUCCAAACAGUGAUACGAGCACAGGAAACUUACAAACGAUGAAAUAUUUAGAAUUUUCUUAUUUUUAAUAAGAUUUUGCUACAACUUUCAUUGACCCGUUCUGUUCCUAUCAUUUUGUAAUGCUUAGUAUCAAACCAACUUAGUACCAGGAUGGACUUGCCCGUUAAAGGAGAUGCUAUUAUCUCCUAUUUCAAAGAAUCAUUUUGGCAUUUGUUAUGUACAUGUGUAGGUGAUAUGCAUUUAGCUCAAAAGUAUGUUAAUGACGGUCUUGCCUUUAGCGGUUCGAAAACAAACACACGGCAAAAUAGUCUGUAGAAAGUGCUACAGUGUUACUUUGGGCAUGACAUUGAAAAGGUUGCAUGAGUACAAUUUUUUGUUGUUGUUACGAUUCCAAGCUCUGGUUUAUAAUCGCUUUCUAAUCAUAUUUAAUGUGCCAUUGGUUUGUAAGCUCUGCCUUACGCUUCAUGUAAGUUGGGUUUCACAAAAGGAGUUAAAGUUAUGUACAAUGUAUACAGUGUACACCUGUACACUCUUAAAUCAGAUUAAACAAAACAAAUUAUACACAUGUAAGCAUUCUCUUGUUAAACAUGACUUCCAUGUAGCUUAGAAACACUGUGGGGUUUAACUUUGGUUUCGAUCAGUGUUUUGUUUUUAUGUCUCUGCUGGGAAUUAUGUCAUUGGAACAGAAAGACCACUGCAACUUUCUUAACAUUGAAUCACUUAGAAAACAGAAAUUAAAAAAAAUGAAAUAUAAAGAUUCAUCCAAUAAUAUGUGCCAAAGUUUACUUUUCAUAGUUUUGAUGAGUUCUUAAGUAGAAAGAAUAUGUAAGAGGAUAAUUGUGGGUCUUUAUUCUCAUUGUUCAUAUGCAGGUCUACUUAUAUUUUAUCAACCAAAUAAACAGAUUGUUAUGAUAGAAUAAUACAUUUAUUUUAUAUAUUUAGAUGUCGGCUCAAAAGUUUAUGUUCUAAAAUGUCAAUUUGUAGAACCAGAUUUAAAACCUCUCUAGUAUACAUGUAGGUCAUAUACUGUAUGUGUCCAUUAUCAGCUACCAUAUGUAAAAAUGUAAACUGAGACAAAUGCAAUAUAUUAUUAUGAUGGUGAUCAAAUGUGGAACAUGUUUAAGUAGGAGAGACAGUUUGUUUCAAUUUAAGGAAAAUUGUGGUAAAUAUUGCGUACUUAAGAAUUUUCAUGAGAAUAGGAAUGGUGGAAUGAAGUCAAACAACAGAUGUUAGAAUGCUGAUAUAUAUAUAUAUAUAGUAAGGCUUGUACAUGAUAGUAGAGAGAUAUAUAUUAUCUUGGAUGUCUUAUGAAAGCCAAUAUGACUGCUAACAAUGAUGCAAAAUAUGAAUUUUCUUUUCUUGAUUUAGAAUUGACUAAACACAUGAUUAAUGUAGAAAUAUUUUUUUUUGAUCAUGUAAGAUCUGAUAACACAUCCCUCAUCCGUUCCGACUUGUUCUCAUUAUUUAUUUUUGUAAGGAUACUGUACUUGACUUUGAAAAGUAUUUUGUUAGUUUGUUAAACAAAAGAGGUAUUUUUGUACUUUUGUGUGUGCAUACUUUAAAUUGUGUAUUAGGUUAACAAGAGCCAAGAGCUAAUAUGUGCAGGUACCACAAGGUGUUAGAAGGAAAAAUCAAACCAUUGAUCUUUUGAAAGUGGCAAGUUGCCGCAAGUACAAUCAUAUGGAGAUCAAAAUAACUUUGUGUGAAGUAAUACCUUUCUGUGAUACAUCUUUCCCUCGCCAAUAACAUUUGCAAUAAAAUGGGUGCAGUAAUAUAUCACAAA